AUGAGCACCUUUAUUUCCUUCAUCUUCCAAAUCCUUGGCCUUGAAGAUUUCUUCAAGAGAUGUGAAGAAAUCAGCACAGAAGAGCUUCAAAUGGAGUACUGCUGUGUUUGCCUUUCGAGUCUGGAGGAAGGAGAAGGAACAAGGAAGCUACCAUGCCGCCAUAUGUUCCACCGUGAGUGUGUUGAUCGAUGGCUGGCUCUGUGUAGGAGAACUUGUCCUCUCUGUCGUCUAUCCAUUGAUGCCAAGUUUUUCUCUUUUGGAGAAUUGGAUUACAAUGACGAGCUUGUGAUCUGGUUCUCGACUUUCCUUGUUCCUGGAUAUUGA